GUAUUGAAUAGGGACUUUUCAAGUUACUAGAAUCAGCUGUUAAUGUCCAUCCCUUUUUAUCGCUGACUGUCUUUUUCUAUUUAUUGCUUGACAGAUGUCUUUUCCAUUAAGAAUUAACGUCACGGCUGCCUUGACCAGUUCAGUUUUUAGUUAGAUGCAGAUGUGAACAAUUAUUGUUUAGAAAUAUAGUGCUAGUAUUGAACGUUAAAAAUGGCAGCUAGAAACCUAACAGAAGCUUUUAUUAUUAUGCGAAACAAUGCCUUACAAACAAAACAUAUAUAUGCAGAACAGAAUUUAUCGGAUAGAAUGGCCCUUGUCGGUCCAGAAAAUGUAAGUUCAGAUGGUGUGGAAUUGAGAGGUAUAAAUUUGGGCAAUACAGCUCCUCCGCCUUGGAUAGAUUCUUUAGAAGAAACACAAUAUAUUCUCAGUCGCUUGAAGACUAAAGUAGAUAGUUUAAUAGAAUUACAAUCAAAACAACUUACCAGGCCUACAUUAGAUGACAACUCCCAAGAAGAACGCCAAAUGGAACAGUUGACUCGUGAGAUAGGUAGAGCAUUUUCUAGUGGAUUUAGACAAGUACAAACAAUCAGAUCAGCUGCUAAACAUGAAACAAAGCAUGCAGAGAAGCAGCUUGCAGUAAGUGCAGUAAUGGCUCUGUCUUCUGCCUUGCAAGAAUUAGGAUUGCGCUAUCGCUCAGCACAACAGGAUUAUUUACAAAAAAUAAACUCAAGAGAAGAGAGAAAUAGGCUAUUUUUUGAUGAUGAACCAUUUAACAUGAUGAAUAAAACAGACUACUGGCUUAAUGAAUCCACGAGUAGUGAACCUACUUCAAGUAUGUGGCAAGGACAACAGCGUCAAGAUCAUGUUCUCCUCCAGCUUGACGAUGUGGAGCAAGAUAUUAGAAUAGCAGUUGAAAGGGAACAGGAGGUAGAAAAUAUUGUUCAAAGUAUUUCGGAGCUUCAAAAUGUAUUUAAGGAACUCGCGGUUAUGGUGCAAGAUCAAGGAACUGUUUUAGAUAGAAUUGAUUAUAACAUGGAACAAACUCAAGUCCAAGUACAAGAAGGGUGCCAACAACUGAAAAAAGCAGAGUCAUAUAAGACAAGUAAUCGUAAAAUGUAUUUCAUUUUGAUACUUAUAGGAUCAAUCUUUUCAUUAAUAUUCUUUUAUGUCAUAUUCAAAUCUUAGUCACAGUUUUACUCUAUCAUUUCUGUACAUUUUUGAAACUUUAUCUUAUGUUCUUUAGUCAAAGCCACUCAAACUAAAAGAGUCAUAGACUUUUUUUAACGUAACAGGGAAGAUUAAUGCUUUUUUAAUUGAACGUUUAAGUUAAACGUUUGAAAAAUAGACUUUUUAGAAUUUAGAACUCCGCGAAGGAUCUCGGAUACUUUUUAUCGUCUACAUAGUGGAAAUAUAAUUUGGUACAUAUUCGCAUAUAAUAUACAUUAUAAUUCCAGAUGUAGAGCAAAUAAUGCAGUCUAUGUACUAAGUUUAAAAUAAUUUAAAGCUGCUAUAGCUUGAAUAUUUUAUGCAAAGGUAACGGCGCUUACGGUUUGAGGAAUAUGAAAUUCAAAAACAGCAUUUAGUCAUAAUUUUAGGAUCGUCCGAACAAAAUACGCGAUAUACUUUAAGGAAGGUGGAAACGCUACGUUACAUUCAGACUGAUCUUUUACUUAAAACAUUAUUGUCUUAUAUAGCUGUACUUCUUUUUAUUUUUUAAGGAAGUUAGUUGUUAUUGAUGUCGUCGGUGUCUUUCAACCUUACGAGAAUUCCAUUAUGUAUUUAAAAACAAACUAUAUUCUGGUGAAUACCAUUGAGAUGUAAAACUAUAUUGAAUAUAACGCAUACCUCGUGUACAAACGUGAAACAUAAAUUAUCAAUUGUAAGAAAAGAUGACGAUGUUGAAUGGAAAUAUAAAUAUGUUUAUGUUACAUAUAAA